AUGGCGACGCCCGAGGCCAACCUGACGGGCGUGCGGGGGUCGAGCGAGGUCAGCCCCGGCCACGCCCCCCCUCCCCGCCACCUCCACAACUUCAACACGUUCCAGUUCGUGUCUCAGCUUGUGUCGGCGACGCCCCCGUACCUGUUCAACAUGUCGGCGCCCUUCCCUGGGAACUUCUUCAGCGACCUCCUGCGCAGGAUGGCGCCGCGGGCGGGCACCCCGGGCCUGCCUCCCGACCAGACGCUGCAGCAGCACAUCCGCGCCGCCCUGCUCGCCAAGAGCGCCCCCCCGCCGCCGCCCUCGCUGCCGCCCACCGUCAUGCCGCCGCCCCUCGACCUCGCCGCUGCCACACACCGCACGCCCGCCCCGCCGCCCUCGCUGCACCACGACAAAGGGCUCAAGCGCUCGCUCUUCUCGGACGUGUCGGCGCUGAGCUCCAGCGAGGACGCCGAGGGCGGCGCCAAGAGGCCGCGGCUGGAGAGCGAGGGGCGCGAGGCGGACCAGCACCCUCCCGAGGGCCUGCCCGCGCCCUUCCUCAUGCAGGCGCCCUUCCUGCACUCGUCCGUGCCGCCGCCGCAUGAUGUCCUGAAUCCGUGGUCCGCCAGGGCGUCCCUCCUGCGCCCGCAGGUGCCCCUGGCGGCCCACGUGCCACCCACGCCCCUGGACCCGUACCGCCUGCUGUUGGACCUGAGGCUCGCAGGCCAGCUGCGCACCAUGGCGGCGACGCAGGCGCUGCACAACAAGGACGCCUCCUUAGGGGCUGCAGGAGGCGGAGGCCUCGGCCUGCACCCGCCGGUGUCCUCAUCGCACUCGUCGCUCUCCUCCAGCAAAGGGCGCAGCUCCCCGCCGCUGUCCGACGUCCGGCCCCCGCGCGACGACCCCCCGCCGGCGACCGCCCCGACGUCCGUGGGCGUGCUGCAGGCCGGCGAGGACCGCGUGUCGGCCUUCCACCCGCCCGCGCGCCCGCACAACGACCCGGCCGACACGAGCGACGAGGAGGCCGGCGAGAGGCGCAGCUGCAGCAGGAGCAGCAGCGGCAGCGCCAGCAGCGCCAGGGAAGGCCUGGGCCCGCAGUACAUCUUCAAGCACCUCACACAGAUCUACCGCACGAUCGACGGCCACAAGGUGGAGGGCGGCGGCGACGGGGGCGAGGAGCCGCGCCUCGAGGACGCCCGCAAGGAGCUGCUGCGCCCCGGCUCGCCCGAGCAGAACCGCGCCGUGAACCGCUGCGGCGACGGCCAGCUCGAGGUGCGGUCCGACGUGGGGCGGGACGACGGCCGCACGAAAGAGGGUUGA